UGCUCUGUGCCAGAUAAUCACUCCCUCAGUUUAGACAGUUCCUGAUCAGUUCAGAGACUUAUUCUCAUAUAUUUGUAUGAUUUUUUUUUUUAAAACUUAAUACAUUUUAUUUAAUUCUGUUUGGGGUUUUUUGCUCCUUUGUACUUGUGGACAUGUUCAGUGCCGUCUCUUCAACCAUUGUGAGAGAGAAGAUGCAUGAAAGGACAACGAGGUUGCUGCAGAGAAAAUGAGAUAUGCAGCAGAGCUGAAGAAAACAGAUUCUGUGGGUGGUUUUAGAUGUUCUGGCUCCACUCCAAAGAGCUGCACUUCCUCUUGGAAAGAUCUGCAGCCUUCAGCUGGAGCUUUCACUGCCACACUGAAGGUUAUUGGCUGCAGCGUUCAGAGGAUGAGGAGGGAUCAGAGCAGACGGAGAGAUAUACCUUCAGGAGCUGAAUGGGGUGCAAAGAUGAGGAAGAUGCAGAAUGGAGAUUUCCUUUAUUGUGCAGAAACCUUAGAAGAUGAGACGCAGGAAGAAUUCAUCUCCACGUUUUCAGGGCUUCAGCGCUUUCAGCAAGCUUCUUCAGCAGAUUCGUUGCGUGUCACCAAGUUUUCUGUGAGGAAACCAAAUGAAAAGAGGCAGGACGCCAGCGACCUCUCUGGACCAAUACAAAGUAACGGCACGGCUGGGAAGAUGAACGGGGCGUUGGAGCAUUCGGACCAGCCGGACCCGGACGCCAUCAAGAUGUUUGUGGGUCAGAUCCCACGCUCUUGGUCGGAGAAGGAGCUGAAGGAGCUGUUUGAGCCGUACGGAGCCGUUUACCAGAUCAACAUCCUCCGAGACCGCAGCCAGAACCCUCCACAGAGCAAAGGCUGCUGUUUUGUCACGUUUUACACAAGGAAAGCUGCCCUUGAAGCCCAGAAUGCACUGCAUAACAUAAAGACCUUAACAGGGAUGCAUCACCCUAUUCAGAUGAAACCUGCAGACAGUGAGAAAUCUAAUGCUGUUGAAGACAGGAAGCUGUUCAUUGGCAUGGUGUCGAAGAAGUGCAACGAGAACGACAUCCGGGUCAUGUUCUCUGCGUUCGGACAGAUCGAGGAGUGCCGGAUCCUCCGGGGGCCCGACGGGCUCAGCAGAGGUUGUGCAUUUGUCACGUUUUCCACCAGAGCCAUGGCACAGAAUGCAAUCAAAGCCAUGCACCAGUCUCAGACUAUGGAGGGCUGCUCAUCUCCCAUCGUGGUGAAGUUUGCCGACACACAGAAGGACAAGGAGCAGCGACGUCUGCAGCAGCAGCUGGCGCAGCAGAUGCAGCAGCUCAACAGUGCGACCACCUGGGGGAGCCUGACGGGCCUGGGCGGCCUCACUCCGCAGUAUCUGGCUGUAAGAGUCGCUGCCGCCACGUCGCCCACCUCCAUCAUCACCUCCUCCUCCUCCAUCACCCCCUACUGCAGCCCUGUGGCCAGCGCAGCCACACUGCUGCAGCAGGCCGCCUCCUCCGGCAACCUGGGAGCCUUCAGCGGGAUCCAGCAGAUGGCCGGUAUGAGCGCUCUGCAGUUGCAGAACCUGGCCACUUUAGCAGCAGCGGCGGCAGCAGCCCAAAACUCAGCCAGCCCCUCCACCGCAAACCCCCUGUCCUCCAGCGCCGCCUCCCUGGGAGCGUUAGCCAGCCCAGUAGCAGGCACAACAGCCAGCUCCAACGCCAGUGCCAUGAACUCUCUGACCUCUCUGGGUACCCUGCAGGGCCUGGCAGGCGCGACUGUGGGCCUGAACAACAUAAAUGCACUAGCAGGUAGCGUCAACAGUAUGGCGGCUCUAAACGGAGGCUUGGGCGGCGCAGGGCUCACCAAUGGCACGGCAGGCACCAUGGACGCGCUGACGCAGGCCUACUCAGGGAUCCAGCAGUACGCCGCCGCAGCGCUGCCCACCCUCUACAGCCAGUCCCUGCUGCAGCAGCAAGGGGCGGCCGGCAGCCAGAAAGAGGGUCCUGAAGGUGCCAACCUCUUCAUCUACCACCUGCCCCAGGAGUUUGGAGACCAGGACUUACUCCAGAUGUUCAUGCCUUUUGGAAACGUGGUCUCGGCCAAAGUCUUCAUCGACAAACAGACAAAUCUUAGCAAGUGCUUCGGCUUCGUCAGCUACGACAAUCCAGUGUCGGCACAGGCAGCCAUUCAGGCCAUGAAUGGCUUCCAGAUCGGUAUGAAGCGGCUGAAGGUGCAACUGAAGCGCUCCAAGAACGACAGCAAACCGUACUGAUCUUAGCACUAGGGUCUAUCUGCUCCCCCUGUUAGCACUGCUAGGGUAAGUCUCCCUCCCCCCAUGUAAAAAAAGAACAAAAAUGACGGGAAAAAAAAAAUCAAAUUGAGAUGAAACCGAGCCAUGACCUCUUCACAUAGGGAAUGGGGGAUCUGGUUUAACAGAGGGAUUGUGGGAGGUAGGGGGAGAUGACCUACAACCACCUGAGGGAGACGCACUUUUUUUUAUUGUUUUUCUUUGAAAAUUUUUAUGUAAGCCUUCAACUAUCAUAAUUUAUUACAGUUUUUGACACACAGGAACACUUCCAUUUCCACCUUUACUUUGUGCAAUCUACUUCUCUUUCUUCUUACAAUGGAAGGCAGUGGCUUUUUAAAAGAUAUGUUUAAACCUUCAUUUUCUUCUUUAACAGUGAUUAUUUAUACAUUUUUAAAGACUAGAGUCGAAGUCGAGAUGUAAACAAAGCAGCCAUGGUACCGUUUUCUUUUUCAGUAUGUUUCUUUAGUGUCUUGUUACGAACCCAAAGGUCGUAAUGGGUUCAUUUCUCAAAUUUAUCUCUUUUUCUUUUUUUUUUUUUAAUACGCUCGCCAAUAUGCACAUUCGCCCUUUGACCUCCACGGUGUUGGUUGCAGGCUGCCGCUGCUUCUCAGAAAAACCCCUUGAUGCCUGCCGGCAACCCGGGAGCAAAGGCUGCAAAACAUUCGUGGCCUCUUAACUGUAAAGUUUGCCUGCCGUACAGUUACACUCUACCACCACAAGAAGACUAAAUUCCAGCUAAACAUUUUCAUUUAUGUACAAAUACAGUUUUUCUUAUUUCACAGAAGUUAAAAAAAAAAUUUGUUCUUACUUUUCUGGGUCAGAUCACAUUGGUCUUUUAUGUGAAAAGGAUAUAACGGUAUGUAGAUAUGAGAAGAUAAAAAACUAAAUCCAGAAUUUGUGGAAGGAAAUCAUAGUACUACAAAAAAUGAGUUUAUAGAUUAAGGGGGUGGAUAACUGAAAAUACUUGAGAUUUGUUGACAGAUUAAAAAAAUAAUUCAAAGUACAGUAAAACCACAGGCCUGUAAAUUUUAUUUGUAAAAAAGCAGUUCUAUUUUUAUACAACAUUUUUACUGCCUCAGAUGAAGACAAAAUGAUUUUAUUUAUUGCCUAUCGUUAAGUUAUUGGACUCCUAUAAGAUAAACAGCAUCACUCAACUAGACCCUUGUGGAGAAACCACGUGAAAUUAGGUUCUCCUGUUUUUCCUUAGUUUUUUGUUUUUUUGUCCUUUCACCUGCGUGUUUUUUUUUUGUGCAGAAAUCAUAUCACAUCUAAUUCUGCCAACAUUCAAACAUCCUAACUAUUACCCCUCCCACAAACCCGCCUGCGUCGGUCUCUGUGAUGUUCAUUCAUCUUUAUUUUUACUCCCAUUCUCCACCCGUAUUCGUACUACUUCUUGAUUUGUCCUGUUUCUACCUUCGAUUUUGUCUGCAUUGUUUUAAACAUUUAAUCUUUUAAGUGUUUUUGUUUCUUUGCCCCCACCCUUCCAUUUGUAAAAAUUUAAAUACAUUUUUAGAACAGAAGGAAAUGAAAAGAAAUCCUCCCCUUCUUUAUCCAACUAAAAGAGAUCAUUCCCCAAACAACAACAUCCAUCUGUAUCUGAUGGAUAAGGCUUUGGGCGCUCUGUGUUUUCUGUGUAUACGUGAAUGAGUGAAUGUGUGUUGUUGCUCCUAUCUAUAAAUCUAUAACAUUAAUGUCAGUUUUAUAGUAUGUAAAGAAAUGUAAAAUCAAUGCUAAAAUUGCUAAUGAAACUAGUGUGUUGUGUUGCUGUUCUACCGGUUUGCAUUAAUGUUUGUUUGUUUGUUGUUUGUUGUUGUUCUCCUGAUUUUGUUUCUCAUUUUUUAAGAUGAUGCUGUUGUGGUGUGUUGCUCUGGCUCUCUGUGUGUAACUAUCUCCUCUCCCGUUUUUUCUUUUCCCCUUUUAGAACAACCCAUCUCCAUGCCUGUUAGCUCAUCGUUUGCCUAGCAUGUCUCCGUGGCGUCCAAAAAACAAACAAACAAAAAAAACUUUAAACAAAACAAAAACCCUCCAAAAAAAAAGUGUCAUCGUCCUCUUCCUCCUACCCAGUCAUUGUUUUCUCUGAUGUCUUUCCAAGAUCACCUGAUCAUAACCUGGUUCUCCUUCUCCACCACUGCCUACUGAUCUUUUAUGCUUUUAGCUUUUUGGACUUUUAAAUAUGAGUCUUUUUUUUUUUUUGGUUUUGUGUUUUUUUCCUUUUUUUUUGCAUGUGUCCUCGUUUGGAUCUGUUUUCUGGGAGGGUUUCAGGGAGGGAGCAGAUGAGGUAGGUGUGGGUAAGAAAUAAAUCAAUGUGAAAAAGAUAUAAAGCUGCAUUCAUAUGAAAUUUAACUAAAAAGACUGAGAUUUUUAUUGAACAAAUGUUCUUUUUGAAGUAAAAAAAAAAGACAACCUGUGGUAAAGUGAUUUCCAUUCAAUUUUUUUUUUUCUGCGUUUUUUUUUUUGUGAUUUUUUUUCUUCAUUUUAACUUAAACUUGAAAAUCACAACAGGAACUGGCGCGUCAUCUUGCUUCUGGUCGCCCAUGAAAAGCAGCCCCAGAAGCAGUUGGUGCCAGUUUCUCUGAGAAAUAAGACUACUUCCACACAGUUUUGAAUAAAAACUGUCUGAUCAAUAUUAGACUCUCUCUCAGAGCUCUCUAAUGGUUUUUACAUUUUUCAGGCAGUGUAAAGUUUUUUGAUAAGGCCAUUUUAAAUGGCUCUGUUUCUCAUUCAAAGUCUAUAUAUAGAACCACUUUUUUCUAGAGUAGUUUAAAGGAAAAAAAAUAAAAAAUAAAAAAGGACAUUUGCCCUGUUUGGGGGGAGAAAUGCUACCUACUUGUGUCACCUUUUGCUGAACUGACUCACAGAUAGACAAUCCGUGGUUUUAAAUGCACAUGAUGAAAUUACCUAUAUUUUCUACUGUUUAAAUGUAUAGAGGAAAAAAAAACUACGAUACCUGUAACCCACGUUAACGUCGGUGCUUCUUGUGAGUUUAGUUGUGGUUUCAUCACAAGUCUAACGGUCUUAAAUGUCUCAUGUUUUUUCAAGAGAAGACUAAAAAAAUCAGUUUACUUGAACAAUAGACAAAGCCUUUCAUAUUACUAUAACAGUUACUUUGGUUUUUUUUUAUCUUUAAGGAGUCCCUAUUUGCUAAAUCUCUUGUUGGUUAAUUAGCUAUAUAAAAUUCCUAAAAAUAUAUAUAAAUAUAAAUAUAUCUAUAAAUAUAUAUAUAAAAUGUCAGCUCGUAAAGCAUCAAUGUCAUUAUUAUUUUAUUUCUCUCGUGGGAAACAAUAUUUAGGUGUGUUUUGUUGUUCAGCAAAAUGUCUUAUAAGGAAAAAAAGACAAGAUCAGUGAAGUUUAGUGCCAAAUUCUGAAGGUACUUCCUGCCUAGCGCGUCAGUGUAUUUCUUGUGAAAUAAUUUGAUAACAUGGGUAUUUUAUUAUAAGUGUUUUGUAUGGAUCCCUCAUAUUUAAAGUAUAGAUUUAAAAAAAGAGUUUGUUAACUUGCUAUUCUGUGGUCUUGUUGCCUGACAAUGUCAUGUUUGCUUUUUUCUUUGUAAAGAUGUAAAAAAGUGCCCAUGUGUCAUAUAAAUAUAUAUAUAUAAAUAUAUCUAUACACACAUAUGCACACAUGGACACACAAACACUCUCGUGCAGACUUCACAGUUUACUUUUUAAAUGUGCAUGAGAGCCCCUGAGUGUGAAAGCCUCUUCAGCAACCGCUACUACCCUGCCAGUGCGCGCACACACACACACACAUACACAUACACACAGACUUUAAAAUUCACUUUAAUAUUUUUAGCAACUGUACAGCCAUUUCAGUCAUCAAAGCCUUACUACGAAUCCUUGCACACCUUUUCUCUCUUUUUAUUAGUAUCUGGCACACUCAGACGUAAACGUCAGACUUCAGCAUGUGUUUCUUACUCCAUCCCAGCUGAAAAUAUUAAAGCGAGAGUAAUACGCAAAGCCUUAUUUCUCUAAAUCCCCAUCUUAUCCGUUAUUGUUAAGUUCAGAAACCUUUCUGAGUCGUUUGUAUCUGAUGGCAAAAAUCAUUACUGUUUAUCACCUCUGAGGAGUGAAUGCUUUCAUGAUGUAAGCACAGGGCAAGACUUGCUCAUUCAUCCUCAGUCUGUUUAGGAAAAAGCACACGUCGCCAUCCGACAGGCAGGAUAUAGGCGGGACGCUCCGGAUUUGCUGCUGAACUUGUUCUCUUUAUUUUAUUUUUUUAAGAUAAGUAGUUGUGAGUUUAGUCGUGUAAUGGGCCAAAAUCAUGUAUAGAUGCCAAAGUUUGUUAUUGACAUUCACAUAGUCAAGCCGUUUACAUGGCACAGUGUUGUCAGUCUAUUCAACCAACUGCCCCCCGCUCCCCCUCCCUGAAAGCCUAGUUUACGGUCUGCAUAAAAGACAAAAAAAGGCAGCAUUAUUUUCUACAGAAGCUCACCAGUCGCCUUAACCAGGGAGAGUUGUACCAGUAUUUUAAGAGUAGAUGAUGUUGUCAGUUAGUGAUAUGUGCCAAGUCCAGGUCUGUUUGGGUUUCACUCUUCCCCAUUUCAUCCGCUUGGCCAGAGCAGGAAAACAGAACGUAAAAUCGAAGGUUUGAGGGAUGCCGCUCGCACUACUCCGGAUUGUUGUCUCCCAGGCUAACUGAGGUUAUUGGAAACAGGGCCGCGUCUUAUUGAAAUACCGACAGGGGAAAUAAAAAGCUUGUUGGCUUGAGAGGAAGAGGCCACGUCUGCAUGUCCACACAGGAAAAAACAACAGCCAGAGCUGAGAUGAAGGCAGUACAGCUUUCAUUGGAUCCCCUAGAAGAUCAACCAAAACAUUAUUUUUCUGAUUGUGUAGAAGGAACUGAGCAGAAUUCCUUCCUAAUGCUGCGCACGUUAACAGUGGAGACACACACAGCUAUAACUCCACGUUUGACAGCUGAACAGUCAAAUUAAACUAACAACAUAGUGGAACCUUUGCAUACAGUGGAUCUAAAAAGUCUACACACCCAUUAAAAUGCAGGUUUCUAUGUGUUGCAGAAUUACAUCACAUCCUCUAAAUUAGGAGAAAGUUACAAAACAAUUUCAAAGGCAUUAGGUGUAGCAUGGAACACAUUUAUGACUUAAUCAUUAACAAGACCAACAACUGGAUAUCCCUCCAAAAUUUUGUAAAAAGACAUGAAGAAAACUGGUCAGAGAGGCAAUCAUAAAGCCUACAGCAGGAGCGACAAGGAUUUGUGUCAAGUACUGGCUGUAUAGUAUAUGGGGCAGCAAUCUCCUGCAUUAUGUAUAUGUGUUAUGAAAGGUCAAGAUUGGAAGCUCCUCUUGCAAAGAAAAACAUCCCAGCUUGACUAAAAUUAGGCAAAACACUUUUAAAGUCUCCCAGACAAAUGCAGAAAAAUGUGUUAUGAUCUCAAGAAACCAAGGUUGAACUGUUCGGCCAUAAUUCAAAAGGAAUGGCUGACUCAAAUACAACACAGCAGAUCACCAAAAGAACACCAUAUCCAUAAUAAAGCAUGGUAGUGGCAGACUUGUGAAACUGAAACUGGGUGGACCACUCAUUAUAGACACAAUACCUUCAGUCGUCUGCUAGAAAGGUGAAGCUGCAGAAUGUCAGCUUUCAGCAUGACAACAUCCCCAAAGCGUACGGCUGAAUCAACAAAAGAAUGGUUUUGCCAGAUAAAGAUUAAAGUUUUACAAUGUUCCAGCUAGUACACAGACCUGAAUCAGAUGCCUCACAAUCUGACAGAUUUGGGUCAUUUUUGCAAGGAAAAUUGGGCUAAUGUUGCCAAGUUGAGAUGUACAUGUUAUAGGUGGAAGAAGUUUUUAAGUUACUUGCCCUGGUCUUAUUUUUCUAAUCAAAAAGACAUCAAUUUUGAACAUGUUGUGUAAACUUUCUAUAUCCACUGUACAACUGCAUACUUCACUCCUUCACUCCUCUCUUGCACAGUAUUUUUAUUUAAAUGUGGAGGCUAGACGUUCUGCGCUGUUCAAGACUUGUAAAAGUCCAAAAACUACAUUCUGCGCUGCCAAAUUGCACCAACUUGCACACAGCCCGACGUCACGUAGUCUUAGCAUGAAGCAUCUUGCCUUUGUUUCAAUGUCGAAGCACAAGAGGGUCGUAGGAAGCAAAGUUUCUGUGGAGCGGCUCACCUCAGGGGCUGUCAUCGCCAAUGCUCGAUGUAAUCUUUCUAUCUCGUCACUUGUUCACUUCUUUGUUCUCCUUCUUUCUUAAUUAUCUUAAGUGCUAUUUAUCAAAUACUGAAAUUUGAAAGGACAAAAAAAAUCUAACUUGUUGUUUCUUUGCAUUAUGGCUUAUGUCGUUUUUUGAGGAGAAAAAUGUUUUGUGUGUUCUCUUUCCGUGGCGUAAAAAAGAGCUUGUUGUCUGUAAAGAAAAAAACUCCAAAAACAAAAAGAAUGAUUUUUGUUGUUGCUGUUGUUGCUUUUGUUAAUUUUGACUCUCAAAAUGGUUUUCAGUAGUUUCAGAGUUAUUGUCUUGAGAGAAGCCAAAGUCAAUGCAUUUCAGUGGAUCCUGUAAGCGUGAUGUAUGUUUGUUUGACAACACUUGGAAAUCUGUCACUGGAUGGGAUUUAAAAAGUACAAAAAAUGCAGGCUUUCCUAUUUCUACAACUGAUUGUACUUAUGCAUUUUGUACCAGUGGAAUUUUUUAUACUGGAGAUUAAAGGAUACAACAAAAAAAUCUUAGAAAAAAUGCUGUCUGGCCUGGUGAUGUGGCCUGACCCUGACUGGUCCCUGAGUAUGAUUUCUAGCUGGCAUCAAGAAAGUUGGCUUUUGAUAUAAGAUUUUCUAAAAGAUCUUUGGCUUUAUUUCUUUCACUUCUUUUUCCUCACUUUAAUGUUUUUUUUUUCUUUUUUGUUUUUUUUUUUCCAAAAAGGGUUGUAGGUGAGUGUCAGACCUUUCAUUUUUAUUUUAUUAGUAGUUUUAGCAAGUUUGUCUAUACAACAGCCGUAAGUUUCAUUUAACUUCUGUAUUGUGUCGUCUACACGAUAAGACAAUUAUAGAAAAAGAAAGAAUAGAAGUAUUUAGUCACCUUCAGUGGAUUAAUGUAUUAGUUUAAUAAAGAGAUCAACUAAUUAGAAACUUUUUGCUUUUAGCUGUUUAGAGUUUUUCCGGUUUCUCUGUCCUCCUCUGUGAACUAACUGUGUAGCUGAAGCAGUCAGAAUUAUUUUUGUAAACGUAUGUUCUUGUGUGAUGCAGUUUUUUGCUUCUGUCUCCUAUAUUAAACCAUUUUUCCUAAUA